AUGCGUGGUAGGACUGGCCUCAGAUAUUUUCCGCCUGAUCUCCUUCACCGCCUCCGCUUGAGUGAUGCCUUUCGUAGUGGAAUAGACCUUAGCCAGUCGACCGUCGAUGAAGUCAAGAAAUCCGUUGAAGUCGACAUCUCUUUUGGGUCGUCAAGAAGAGGGAUUAAAUGGGCAAGUGAAAAAGAGGGCAGAGGAAAGAAUGAAAUACAAAAUAACAAAUUCAGAAGGUCUUGGCUGCCAUUAGAGCAUUCCACGAAAUUGAUGCUGAAGCAUCGAGAUCCAGGGCAAAUAGACGACGAAGAUGAUUCUGUUGUUCUAAAUUACACUUUAGGAACUAUCCAGGAUGAAAUGAAGUCCUGGCUUGAACUUAUCCCAGAA